AUGAAGAUUGUUAUAUUAUUGGUUGUAUUGCUCGGCAUGUUGUCUAGCACUACUUUGGCCGCCACAUCUUGCAAGGUCAAUGGAAAUGCUGGCACAUGCCAAUACACAUCGGACUGCAGUGGUGAGUCAUACCCAGGAUUCUGUCCAGGCUCUGUGGACGUCGAGUGUUGCAUCCACCUUACAUCAUGCUCGGUCAAUGGAAUUGCCGGCACCUGCAAGGACCCAUCAUCAUGCUCUGGUCACUCCGAGGGCAACUACUGCACUGGCUCUGGCGAGUGCUGCAUCCCCGAGUCGCCCAGCGACGUCUGCUACGUGUUUGGCGAGAAGGGCGAGUGCAAGUCGAGCUCGUCGUGCACCGGCCACGUCGUCGCCGGCCACUGUUCCGGAUCGAGCAGCAAUGAGUGUUGUCUCGAGGAAGCACCAGGCAACGAUGUCAACUACACCAAGGUCAUCGAGCAGGCUCGUUCAAGAGUCGCUGCCCUCUGGCCCUACGUCUGGGGCGGUGGCCACAACCCAUAUGCUGGUCCAUCGAUCGGAACCUGUGAUGGCUACACCGGAAUCAUCCAGCCAUGUCCCGCCGACAGCACCGUCGGACUGGACUGCUCGGGUCUUGUCAGAGACGCCUUCUACUAUGGCGCUGGCAUCGACUAUGGUGAUGGAGGUGGCACGAACCAACAGGAGCCAAGCAAGUACAGCCACUUCAUCACGUACGAGGAGCGCCAGCCAGGUGAUGUCCAGUUCUUUGGUCCACGCGGCGACACCUACCACGUCAUCCUCUACGUUGGCAAGAUCCAUGGCGAGGACUACAUGAUUGAGGCCGAGGAGACCGGCACAACCGUCCACGAGGUCCCAUUGAGGACUGGCGGUACCUGGGUGCGUGUAUACUAA